UCAGUGGGUCGAGAAUAACACUAGCUUUUGCAGACAACGAAUAUACUUUGAUUUUCUUUCCUUGGGAUUUCAAAUCACACAAAAUGGACAUGUUGGGCAAAUUGUAUUUCAACGACUGGAUAUUAGUUUGUACUUCGCUGUGUAUGUUAGCAUAUCUGUAUUCCAGAUGGAAGCACAGUUUGUUUCGGAAGUACGGAAUUCCCGGUCCCUUGCCAACACCAUUCGUAGGAAUUUCACCAAAAUACAGAAGGACGGGCGUUGCUCUUACAGACCACGAACUUGCAAGGACGUAUGGUGAUAUAGUGGGAGUAUAUAUGGGUCACCGCCCCCUGUUGCUAGUCUCCAACCCUGACACAAUCAAAGCCAUUAUGGUGAAAGAGUUCUCAAGAACACCAAACCGACCUAAGACAUUCUUACCGAGAAAUGAAAUGAAAUAUUCACUCCUAAAUGCCGACGAUGACCAAUGGCGGUUCCUUAGAAACACUCUUCUACCGACAUUCUCUUCCGGCAAAAUGAGAAUGAUGGAGCCGUUGUUUAAAGCCAAAUAUGAACAACUGUUAGAUAACUUGACGGAAAGGGUCAAAACAGGAAAACCAGUAGACUUCAAAGAUGUUUUUGGCUCUUAUACAUUAGAUGUCAUCGCCUCAACUGGUUUUGGAAUGGAUAUCGACUCUCAAAAAAAUCCGGACAAUGAUUUUGUCAAAUAUACCAAGAAAUUCUUAAACAUUUCCUUUACUCCGAUUUUGAUACUUAUUCUGAUAUUUCCAAAAAUUGAUACCUUGCUAUACUGGCUUGGAAUGUCACCUUUCAAUCGACUGGAGAUUCUGUCAUUCUUCCGGCGUGUUGUCAAGCGAGCUGUCGAUCAAAGAAUGGAAGACAGCAAGAAACCCGUGGACCUGCUUCAGUUGAUGUUAAAUGCACAUCAUGACACGGGCGUCGAUGAGUCCGAAAACAUUCAUAGCUACGAAGGAGAUGAAAACCAAUGGAAAACGAGAAGCCUUACUAUGGAUGAGAUUGUGGGUAAUUCUAUUCUUUUUCUGUUGGUGGGAUACGACACAACGUCCAAUGCCUUGGCCUUUACUGCUUACAAUCUGGCCACUCACCCCGACUGUCAAGAAAAACUCAUCGAAGAAAUAGACGCCAUUCUGGGCAAGGAACCACCUAAUUACGACAAUGUCCAGAAUCUGGAGUACAUAGAGAGAGUUUUCUGUGAGACUCUGAGGCUUUAUCCGUCAGCAUGCAGGACUCAUAGACUUGCAGAAAGGGAUAUUGUGAUUGAAGAAUACACUGUUCCCAAAGGUACGGACAUCUCCUUUCCAAUCUACAGUAUCCACAGGGACCCACGGUUCUGGGAAAAUCCGACCAGAUUUGAUCCUGAAAGAUUUACUCCGGAAAACAAGGCUAAGCGGCACCCAUACGCUUAUUUACCCUUUGGACAUGGUCCCCGUAGCUGUAUAGGCAUGCGCCUAGCUCAGGUCGAGAUGCGGUUAGCGAUUGUCUCCAUUCUACAACACUACAGAUUCAAAACGUGUGAAGAGACAGAAAUUCCUUUGAAGCUUUCCAAAGCAAACCUUCUGAAGCCAGAAAACGGCGUCAAACUGUUGUUGGAGUCACGAAGCUAAAAGACAGCUUGCCAAGGAUCACAAAAACGUUUCAUUUGAAACAUACAUAAAACAUGCAGAAAGAGUUUUUUUUGAAAAUUAUGGUAUUUUAACAAU